GCGGUGGCGGCGGCGGGGGCGGUGGCGGCUCCGCCUCGGGGUAUAUGACGAAGCGGCGGCGGGGAGGAGACGGGCAGUGCUUGUUCGUGAUCGGAGACAUGGCUCUGCGCGGCGGGGACGCGCAGGACAAGCUGAGGUCUGUAUCUGUAGACCUGAAUAUUGAUCCUUCUCUCCAAAUUGAUAUCCCUGAUGCCCUAAGUGAAAAGGACAGAGUGAAGUUCACUGUGCAUACUAAGACUACACUGCCAGCGUUUCAAAGCCCUGAGUUUUCAGUUACACGACAGCAUGAAGACUUUGUGUGGUUGCAUGAUACGCUCACUGAAACUGAAGAGUAUGCAGGUCUCAUUAUACCUCCAGCACCUUCAAAGCCUGACUUUGAUGGUCCCAGAGAGAAGAUGCAGAAGCUAGGAGAAGGAGAAGUGUCUAUGACAAAAGAAGAAUUUGCCAAAAUGAAGCAAGAACUAGAAGCUGAAUACCUUGCUGUCUUCAAGAAGACUGUAUCGUCACAUGAAAUUUUCCUUCAGCGGAUUUCUUCUCAUUCUGUGCUCAGCAAAGAUCGCAAUUUUCAUGUUUUCCUGGAGUAUGACCAGGAUCUGAGUGUUCGGAGGAAAAACACUAAAGAGAUGUUUGGUGGCUUUUUAAAAAGUGUAGUAAAGAGUGCUGAUGAGGUCCUUUUCUCUGGAGUCAAGGAAGUAGAAGAUUUUUUUGAGCAAGAGAAGACUUUUCUUGUGAACUACUACAACAGAAUCAAGGAUGCGUGUGCAAAAGCAGAUAAGAUGACAAGAUCUCAUAAAAAUGUUGCAGAUGAUUAUAUUUAUACUUCGGCUUGCUUGAACAGCCUGGCAUUGGAAGAACCUACAGCUAUCAAAAAGUACUUGUUGAAAGUUGCAGAGCUCUUUGAGAAACUCAGGAAGGUAGAGAGCAGAGUUUCAUCUGAUGAAGACUUAAAGCUUUCUGAACUGUUGAGAUACUACAUGCUCAAUAUAGAAGCUGCUAAGGAUCUUCUGUACAGACGAACAAGGGCUCUUGUUGACUAUGAAAACUCGAACAAAGCUCUAGAUAAAGCCAGACUAAAGAGCAAGGAUGUUGGGCUGGCCGAGGCACAUCAACAGGAUUGUUGUCAGAAGUUUGAGAAGAUUUCAGAAUCUGCAAAACAAGAACUGAUGAGCUUCAAGCAGAAGAGAAUAGCAGCAUUCCGCAAAAACUUAAUUGAAAUGGCAGAACUGGAAAUAAAACAUGCAAAGAAUAAUGUUUCUCUCCUGCAAAGCUGUAUUGACUUGUUCAAGAGCUAAGGCGCCUUAUUCUGAAAAUGUGACAAAAGCAUCAAUUGCACUCAAUGGCCAGGGGCAACUUAUUGGCUUGACUUCAUUAGCUUAAAAUAAAUAUUGUCACUGAGAUUCUGUUUGACUAAUACUUAAAUAUGUUGAUAGCAAUACACUGACUUUAUAAAUGAGAGCUGAAUUAUGUAUGAAUUGUCUGGAUGUAGCUAACAUCCUGUUGGCUGAUAACUCAAAAUGAGUCAAAUAUAAGAAAUUAAUUUGC